AUUCUCGAUCGUUGACACCGACAUCUUCAGCCGGACUAUCAGCGAAAAUCCCGGCCACCAGUUUUGUCCCCAGGAUGAGUGUCAUCGGCAAAAUCCAAGGGGCUCUAGCCAGCCUAUCGAACGAGAAUGUGCUGGCACUAGCGAACCUGAAUUUCGACUUCUCGCUGUUCAAAAUGGAACCGCCACAGGAGUUCACGGGGCUCGGGAAUGCACUAUCCGCGCGUCGCAAAGAAGACGCAGAAGAGGGCUUAUACCAUCGCAUUGCACGACGACUAGGUGCUCUAUUCGAGGGUGUGAUUCCUCCGACCCCCGAAUUAAUCCGCGCGUACGGAAAACGGGUAUCUGAGAUUUCCGAGGCGCCGGGGAUCAAUCCCAAGGGUUCGAAAGAUGAUGGAUUAUUCGAGAAUAUGAUCGGUGCUGAUGGCACGUCGAUCUGGGCGGCCGCAACGUCUGGCUCCGGCGCCAUCCCCGUGCAUAUGUUGGCGUGCAUGCUGGCCCGCAUGUGGAAGUCGGACGAGGCCACGUCCAUAUGGGUUGAGAUUGUCGAAAAGCGAAAGCAAAUUAUCAAGGAAGGGUGCGAGUCGUUGGAGCCCCGACACUGGGCUUCUCUGCUGGCCUCGCAGCAAGAAAUCACACGAAAAGAUCUGGCGCACUGGGACGCUAGUGCUCGGGCUUGGCUGAAUCGCGCAGACGAAGCCAGAGCUCAUCAGCAGACUCAGUUGAUGCUCGUUGUCAAGAAUCUGGACAUCGAUGUUAGUAGUGUGAGGGGUACCUAUGAGAACGUCAUGGAUGCGUGGACCCUGGCAUUGACAACAGUGAACAGCCUGGUUAAGGGAAUGCCGCAGACAGGCCACGAUGGAGCCGUACUUCUGGGCCUCGCGUCCUGGCAUCUAUACCCGGCGCUGAACGUCCUCAGUCUUGGUCAAGACCUGAUCGAUCUUAAAGACAAUCUUGUGCCUCACACUGGCAUCAUAACCCUUGGCCUUAACGCAGCCAAUCCUGGUCCUGGCGAGGGCGUUCGCUGGUCACUUCCUUUGGCACAUCUUCGCUUCUAUGGCGAGCCUGUGGAGUUAACAACUACUAUCAGCAGAAGCGCGGAACGGCUGCACAUGCCCGAUCUCCUUCAGGUCAUCCUCGGCUGCGCUUUGGCUGGCUGGGGGUACUCCACUCCCCGAAAAGCCGAUCCAAUCAUACAGAUCCUGGCUGAGUUGUGGUCGUUUCUUAACAGAGGAAAAGGUCUGCUUUUGCAGGACAUGAAUUCAUGCUUUGAGAAGAUCACCCAUUUGCAGGACGAAGAGAAGCUAGAAACGGAUAAUGAAGUCAAGAAUGCCCAGGAAAAGGCAAAGCAAGAUAUGAAACGAAGAAUGCAAGUUCUCACCGGCGAUGAAACAGACACAAUUGAACCGUUGCCAGAGCCCAUCUAUACUGAAAAACGCAAAAUGCUGAAAGAGGAGAUCGAUGGUCUGAAAGAACAAGCAGACCACGAUCGCGCAGCACUAUUGCGAUUGGAAGAAAUACUGGAUGAACACAACCCGACGUGGCCUAUCCUUCUGGCACGAACUGCUUAUGAAUUCAAUUGUGCCGAGGGUGUCAAAAGAGCACAAUAUGAAAUGCUUCAGGCCCUCGGAACCAGACAAUCUGAAUUUCUUGGCCCACCUCCCCAAGAGACGCAGCCUGCAUUCGGUCUGACAGACGAGAGGGUAAUCUCUCUGAUAUCCAACAAUUUAGAAGAGCAGAUCGAGCUGUUUCGAGAUCUAAGCAAGAUACUUGCGGUUCCAAAUCAACUUAUUAUCAAGUACGCCCUCGCAGAUGAGUUUCCGGGCUAUCUCAGGACUCAUCGCAACACUUGUGGACUGGCCAGUGCUGUUGUCUCAAACAAACGAGACUAUGCUGGAAACGUCCUUUGCGAGCCACGGAGGUGGAUUGCUCUUGAUAAGGACAUUGACAUUGACAGCCGACGGAAUAUAGAAGAGGCUUGGAUAAGCUGGCGAACGCAGCUGGGAGUCCAUGACACUUUUGAUCCGACCAGCCAGAGAAUUUCAACCUCGCGGACCGAAUAUGGAACUGGGUUUACUUGGUUGAAAGCAGAACCAGAUCCAGCUCACGAAGCUCCUUGGAUGGCCGAUUCUAGCACUUUGUCUGGCGAGACCGGGACGUUGUAUAAUCCUCUCUGUGGGGACCCGGAAUACGCUGCGCUGUACUUUGCAGGAGAAUAUCCCAAAGCCCCUGGGAAGGACCUCGAGGCCGCCCGGGCAAUGAGUCUAACUCUUGCCUUGAAGACCGACCGAGUCAGUAUCGUACGGCUCUUGUCCCUCUUCAACCAAGUUAGCCUGCCGUAUGAUCAUCCACACAGCCAGGCCAUCAGAGGUGCUUGCGCUGCAGCAAAGAUAUACCAAGCUAUCCCUACUGCGAAGCUGUCCCUCCGUUCCCUAAUGCUGCCCCUUCAUGAAGCCAAUUGGAUACCACGUCCUGAGCCUCAAGUUGACUCUCAAAACUCGCCAGAGGACCAUCUCCCUUAUGAUACAGGGCUUAUCUGGCAGGACGAAUACAUUACCUCUGAUCCGGGUCCGUACAUCCUACCGCUUUUCGAAACGGCGGGUGUACACGACGGCGGAUUCAUUCUGAGUAACAUUCGUCUUCUGGAUUUUUCCCGAGGACAAUUGAAGCAGAGACUGGCGCUUCCAAAAGAGGGUGAAGAAUUCUGGACGCAGUGGAAGGCCCCGGAAUUGAAUCGCUCCCACGCCUUUGCGUGCAUCGUAUACUUCGAAUCGGGGUCGCACAACCACGACCCCGAAGGCUACAAGAGCGUUAUGGCAGUCUCCUGUGGUGAUUCAAUAUACGCGGCCGAGUCGCUGUUCUCCGAUCCGUACACUGUGCCCAAAGACUUCCUCAUCAAACGACUCAUCGGGAACAUUGGGCAUCCGGGAGUCGUCCUACUUGUCCCCCCGGCCUGCCCGAUGGUUCGUGCAUCCAACAUAUGCGACCCCUUUUCAGUCCGACACGCCGCAUUUGACGGUCGAUUAAUGGAUAAAUUUCCCAAGACUCAACUGGAGCUCUCUUUCACCGGGUAUUCCGAGUCCAUUCGGAGCAAGGACCGCGGGGCCUGCGACACCACCGUUUACGUUCUGGAGGCACAGGUGCGAGUAUACGACGGUGGGAGCUGGGUCGGGGAUUUGGAUGUUCUCGCAGCUCUGGACAGUCCUAUCCUGCAGCGUCCUCUAUCGAGUGACGGGGACGCGCAAGAUUCGAGCGAAGAUUCGAGCGUCGAGCUUGCUAGUAUCGAUCGGUGGGAAGAGCUGCUCCAACCUCCACCGACGCGAGUAGGAAUCAUUCGGGCACAUGGGAAUUGGCUGGCUCGGUUGGCGGCAGCGUCCUUGAGCGUGCAAAAAGGAUAUUCCACGAUGCUACAGAACGACUUGCACAUCUCGCAGUCCUCCGACCUCCAGUAUGUGAAGAGCAAUUUCAGAUAUCAUCUCUUAGCCCAGAGUCUGGUUAAGCCAAGCGAACAUGGUCCUCAGAAGCUCUUGCGCAGCACCGAUCUGACAAUGGUAGCCUGCAACGCCAGUGAAGCUAUGCAGAGUCGCUCUGUCAGCGGACGAAACAUUAGCGAGGGCGUGCCUUUUUAUCUGGGAAACCAAGCCGGAGCACUGAGGAUUACUGACUUCGCUGAUCCCGCGAUCUUGCGCCCUAGCUACCAUACACUGGCCUCUAGGAGGAACCACAGCCCACAGGCACCGAAGGAGCAUAGGAGCCAUAUUAUCGCGCAAGGGCCGUGGCACAUCAUGAGCCCGCUGAGUCGCUUGUUGACAUUCUUCUUGGAGGACGACGGUGAGCUUAUGGCGACCUUUCUCCAACCUGGGCAGUAUGAGUGGAUUCGCGAACAGUCCCUGCGUGUCGCUACUCUGCUUCGAAUUCCAUUAGUGGACACUGGCGAUGAAAACGGCGGAAUGCUCUCUUUCAACUCUACUCGAGGAUCUAUCGAUACCCGGGUUGAGGAUCUUGCAAAGAGGGUGAGGAAAAGCGCGGUUUUUAUGAGUGGUCCGUAG